CACCCUUGUAAACACAGAGUUCCAUCAACGAAAUCCAUCCAAUCCAUGUAUCUUUCCUAUUUUUUGUCCACAUUGUAGCCGUAAUGGCGUCAAUUUUAACAGGCAAGCCUCAAUCUGAGUAUAUACUAUCUCUUGCGGAGAUUCUUGAACUCGUUCUCUCAUUUCUUCCCGCUCGAGAUCUUGCAAAUUCGUCGCAAGUUUGUCGGUUAUGGAGAGAUACAGUCAGCAGAAUUUUUCGACUCCGUAAAGCCAAGUGGACAAGCUAUCUCGUCCAUCAUGGCCCAAAUACACCAUGCAGCUCUAAGCUGUCAAUGGAUCUGAUGAUUGCACAAAUUGUUGAUUACUUGGAUAAUCUAAGGAUAUUCCCAGCUGCAGCUAUAGUCUUCAUCAGUCGAUCGGCAGAGUUCUGUGAACCACGGCGAGAUGAAGUACGGACCUUAAUUACUGCCCUCAAAAGCCGUCUUCCCAAGAGCUGUAAUGUGAUUGGUUGCGUUGGAUAUGGUGUUAUCGGUUGCCAGGAGAAUGCUCCCCCAGAGGAACUUGAAAUGGCAGAGGCAGUUUCAGUCCUCUUGAUGCCAAGAGUCCAAGGGGUGUCAACCCAUCUAUUCAACAUGAGUUGCACUGAUGUUAGAAACAAUCGAUCUUUUAAGUCACGGUGGGAGAAAUCUCUUAAUAUACCAGCAGAAAAACAAUUAAAGUUUGCUCUUCUUUUUGCAAAAGGAGAUAUAUUUAAUCUGGAUAUCAUUGGAAAAGUCGCAUCUGGGAUUUGGCAGAUCAACAGCUGUGAAGAUGGUGAAAAAUCCAACGUCGUAAUCAUUGGCGGUCUAGUAGAUUCUCUUCUCUUUGUUGAUCAUGAACUCAAGAAUACUGGGGUUAUUGGACUUGGAAUAGCUGGCCCCAAUGUGCAUGCAGUUUCAGUUGUUCAUCAUGGAGAAACACAGAUUGGUGUGACUAAAUCUUUAAAGCAACUCAAUGGUUUUGGGAUCCCUUGCACCGACAGCAGUGGUGUGUGUUUUAUGGUUUCUUGUGUCGGACGUGGGGAGAAAUUUUACAUGGCUAAGAAUGUGGAAUCACAGAUUUUCAAGCAAGUGUUUCCAUACAUUCCGGUUGGUGGUUUCUUUGGCAACGGUGAGUUAGGUCUUGAUUUGCAGUCAACGCGAGGAAAGCCACUGAAGGACAGCCAUUUUCUUCAUUCUUAUUCUUCGGUGUUUUGCUUGUGUUCAUUGGAUUCCCCAAGCACCUCCACAGUGAGACCACUGCUAAAAGGUGCCUUGCAAAAAAGAACAUCAGAUGAGGACAAAGCAGAAAAACCUUGCUGUAGUGCUGACUAAUGAAAAGGACAAAACAAAUUAUAGAUAUCUUAAUUGGUUGAAAUUACCAUGACAGUGGUGGUAUGUUGCCAUUAGGUGAUAUAUAGUAUAUCAAUCCCUUUUCCUUCUUUUUUAUUUCUUAAUAGACUAUACUGUAAACCUCAGGUGAUUAAAUAUUGGGGGCACAAUGCAGUAACGUUUAGAAAAAUGUUGGCGCCACAGCCAUGCCCCUACUGGUCCUUAUAGUUUUUGAAAAUAUUGUGGGGGGAUGUGCCGCUAAAGCCCCAACCCCUGCUAUAGCCCUGAAGUGUAAGGGUGUCGGGACAUUUCUCGUUACUUAGCGAUUCGGUUGUUAGGCCCGGGUGCGAGUAUCCGGAAACUUCAUACUUAGGCGGGAAAAUCAAUUGGUGGAAAAACCAUUAACAUGCGAGACAUUUUUAGCUACUUUAACGAACGCCCGAAACUGGCGAGAAAAACGUAAUAAACAGCAAAUACCAUAAAACAAAAAUGAAAUAGCAUGAUUAUUCACCUAGGGCAGCUAAUUGGCGACAUUCGUAGAUAAUUUUACCUCCGGUUUACGUUUCUAACUCUAUAAUCUUUGUAAAGAACACACUCUGCACGAUUUUUUUAGGCAGAUAAUAUUUACCUAGUUGCCCUCUAUAAAACUAUGCAUCAAUUUCCCAAUAUUUUAAGAAAUUAUUCAAAUAAGACUGGAAAAAUAAAAACUAAAAUUGUGAAAAUUUUAUUAUUUGGAAGAAUCGAAAAUGCAUACGUAAUUUUUUAGGCACCCUCCAUCAAUACUUCACGCCUGAUGACAUCAUCAAAAUUUAGAGAUUCAUAAAUAAUGAUACGCCUAAAUUCAUUCCAUUUCACAAAGGUUUGGCAGAUUUACAACGUCUUGAAGUUUUCCUAACAAUGGCCCUCAGAGAAAUGUCCCAACACCCUUAAAGUAUAUUAUAUUUCUUAAAAGUGAAAAAAAAAACUAAUCUGAGAGCUCACUGGACUUCACCUAAUGACUAUUUUAUUUUUCUAUUAAAUUUUAUUGGUCAGUCAGUUUGCCUUGAUCUAAUCUCUUAUUGUUUAUAGCAGUGAAGAGUACCGUAGCACAAUUCUGCAUAAAGUCUUAAUUAUGACCAAUAAUUUCUGUAACACAAUACAGAUUUUAAUAAUAGAUUUGAAGUAAAUCCUUAGGAAACCUCUGGGUUUAUGUUGUGUUAAGAAACUAGAUAACCUAAAGUAAUCCUUUAGCCUUUCUUAUAAAAAAUAAAAUAAAGAGCAAUGAAGUUAA